GUCUCUUCCUGUGUCGACGAAAACAAACUUUGACAGAUUGACCAUGAAAUUCAUAAGAUCUGUGGCUUUACUCGUGGAUGUUGAUGGAGCCUUAUGACCUCACUGUGCACCAGCUCACCUUUAAUGAGGACCAGAUUAAGGAAGGAAGCUUGGACUCAUUCAGCAAUGUCGUCCACUAUGACUCGGCUCUUCUAGACCAGACGACGGGCAGAAAACCUGGUACCCACCACAUCUCCAGUUCGGCACAGUUUGCAUGGUCAGGGUCAAAAAGUGAGAGCAAAGUUGUGUCAUUGCUAGAGCAGCCUUCUCCAACGUCAUCACCAUCAUCAGGGAAAUUGACCAGUCACCUUCAACCCUCCAUUCCUGGGAAUUCAGCCAAUCAAAAACCUCUUAGCAAACCCAGGGGCUUCCUCCCCUCUCCUUUCCAAGUGAACGUUAGCCAAGCACAGUGUACACUUACAGACACUAGCUGUAGGCAGACUGACUCAUAUGCCUCAGAGUUAAACCAGCUCAUAAAGGAUGUGUACUCAGAAGUUGCAGUGACUUUUCACCCGCUGGUGGAGCGGACUACAAUUCCUGACUGGAUCUUGCUUCAGGGUUCACGAGACGGACAGAUAUUGGGUCGGCACCCAGCUCCCUUCCUAGCCCAGCCCAGCAGGGUAAAGGUCACCCACGUGUACAGCCAGUCUCUCUGGUCGCCGGGUGCAGUCACUCCAGGUUCAGAGCCACCUAGUCCCCAGGAAAAACACCAACAGGACAAACCUUCAUCUCCUGCCAGUAGACAAACAGCUGCAGAAAUACAAGUCUUAAAGCAGGUUGUCACAAACACAACUGCUUCAAGCCGGGCACCAAUUCAGGUGUACAGGAUGGCAUCUGGGGAUGACAGACCUCUGGCCGGGAGGGCAGGAGGCCCUGGACACAAGACAGGGAGACCCGGGGAGCCUUUUGAGUCAGUGGCUGAGGCCCUACAUCUACAACAGUCUGUCAUAGGUGGGAGAAGGGAUAUAACUCCGGUGUCGGCAGACGUGGUAGCCCAGGUUGUGGCAGCGGCAGGGAGAAAGCUGGGGCUCAGUGCACCGGUAGAACACACUGAUGGCUCCAAAAUAGGAGGAGAGAACGUUAUAACCCCCACCCCAGAUUGUCAAAUUUCACUCCCUGCCACCCUAGAUACCGCAGCCUUCAGCCUGCCCCCGCCCCCAACCCUGCCAGACAUCUCAACCUCCCGGGAGCUCAUCCGUAUACAUGGGAUGUAUGUUCACCCUGAAACACACCAGCCAGUGCAUGGAAGGCAGCCUGGUUCUGUACAGUCUUCAGGCCAAUCUAACCAACCAUUGCCUCUACAUUCUCUGAACUCCCUGUCUGAUCUUUUACCAGAUGACAAUCAGAGUGUUGCCAGCUCCAACAGUGAGCUUGAGACGUUAAAUGACAAUGCCACAGAGAGCUUCCUUCAGUCUUUACCCCCAUUCAAGCAUGUUAACCUCUUAGACAUUAUGCCAGAACCUGCACAUAGGCCUGAUGUGAGGUACUCCCCACCAGUUAAAGAGACCUCAUUUAGACCAGUAAAUUUUAAACCUAGUGCUUCACCAAAGAAUGUAGAAAAUCCAGCCCAGGGGUACACAUUUGUUACUGAUAGUGGUGUUUUUUCACCAGAUAUGCAGAAUAUCACUGCUAUUAGUGGUACUAGUUUAGAUAAAAAGAAAAGCUUUGUAAUUCCAAAACCUGGUCCACUGUUCCAUAGCACACCAAAAAAAGGGUUAGAAAAUAAUGAAAAACGAACAUAUUCACAAGUACAUAUAUCAACAGGGACAGGUGGUGACCAAACUACCCAGCUAGAUGAAGUCAGAAGAGAGAAAGCAAAACUUGAAGGUCAGCUUGAAAUGUUGAACAUUGAAGCACAGGCAACAUUGCAAGAAAGGGCAGAGCUGCAGGCUCAAGUGGCAUCUCUCAAGCUGAAACUCAUGAGUCAAAAAUCUCAAAAGAAUGAUGCAGAGAAAGACAUGUUGAAAGUUGAUGUGGAAGGAUUGAAACAGCUGAGAAUAAUGUUAGAAGGUUCUUUGUCCGAUCUGCAGAGACAGUUGGAGGAGAAGAGUGAAGAAGGUCGGAGCCUGCAAGAGGAGCUGAACCAGUCCCAGGACACGUGUGACCGCCUCAACCUGCGAAUGAGCGAGGUGAGGGAUGAGAUGAGAGCCAAGGACAUGACAGUCCAGGCACUAAAGAGCAAGGUGGCAGAGCUGUAUGUGGAGGUUCAGUCCUCCAUCCACGUGAAGAUGGAGGCCGACAACGAGACAAGAGUGGCUAAGAGUGAGCUGCUCUCCCUGCAGGGAACCAAGGACUGGUACCAACAGCAGCUGGAGCUCGCAACUUGUGCACGUUCAGAGCUCCAGAAGGAUCUCACCUUGCUGCAAGCCCAGGCGUCAUCACAGUCAAGUAUUAUUGAGAGAUUGAAGAUGGAAAAUGCAAAGUUGAGGCAACAGUUUACUGAUAUUCAGAAUAAAGCAUUAAAGGAAAAGGAGAUUUUAGCAAAGCAUUUGGAAGCCAUUGAAAGUGAUAUGAUGGACAGGGAGGCAGCUUUUCAGGAAAUCCAGAGGGAAAGGUCAUUUCUUGAAGAUGCAUUCAGCAGUAAAAUACAGACAGCCGAAGAUGAGAAAAACAGGAUCAGUUUGCUAAUGCAAAUGAUUAAUGACCUGGAAAAUCAGCUUGACAAGGCCCAUGGUGAUCUAAAGAAGAAACAGAAUCAAAUAGUGCAAUUGGAAAAUGAAAAUAUUGAGAUCUUGAAAAAGUUAAGUCUCUCACAGGAAGUUGUUGUUGAAAAAGAAACAAUAGUUGAAGAGCUGAAGCAGAAAUUGAUUGAGGUAGAAGCAAGACUGAAGGCGUUUCAAAAUAGUAUUGUUGAUAAAGAUUCUGAGUUAAUGAAACUGAGAGAAGAGAAAGCAAAGACGGAAAUUGCCCUAAAGGCCGCACUCGAGGAGAAAACUUCAGUAGACAAAGUACUUGAUAGUUUAAAGCUAGACAUGGGCAAGGUGGAGUCCAGUUUUAAGCAAAUGAGACAUGAACUAAAUACAAAGUCAGCUGAGGUCCACCAUGCUAAAUCAACCAGUAAAAUGUCAGAGGAGCAGAUAGAGGCCUUAAGAACAGACCUGGAGAAAGAAAGAAGAAUGUAUGAAGUUGCUAAGGUAGAGUUUGAAAAUAAAACUGAUAUGAUUAAUCAGUUGAAAACACAGAAAAUCAAUUCUGAAAGUGAAAUAACAGUCUUAAGGGAGAAGUUGUCAGCAAUGGAAUUAACCCAUGGAGAAGCUAUGAAAGAAAAGCAAUUUCUUGACUCAGAACUGAGUGCAACAAGAGAAAAACUUGAGGAAAUAAGAGCAAAAAUGGAGGGUGAAAAAGAAAUGAAAAAUGCUGGGGUAGAUAAUGCAGAGUAUAAAAAAGUUCAGGAUGAGUGCAUACAGCUGAAAGAAAAGCUUGAGACUAUUGGAAAAGACUCGAAGAAAGAUGUUCUGAAACAGAAGGCGCGGGUUGCUAAGCUUAGCCAGGACCUGAAUGCUGUGAAGGGAGAGUUGGUGGAGAGACAGAAGGUGUUUGAUGAGAACAUGGAGGUGCUUGGCGGGAAACUGCGUGAGGUGGCUGCUGAGAGGGAGAGGCUGGACACAGAGCUAACCAUGACUCACAGGAAAUACGAGUUCUCUAUGAUCGAACAGAAGGACCAUAUAGAUGCAGAAUUACAGAAGGUAGCUGGUGAGUUGCAGCAGGCUCAUCUGGAGAAGCAGAGUAUGGAGGCAGAAUUCAGUGAGGCUGGUCGGGCAUGGGAGGCAGAGCUAGCUAGGUACCAGGAGAGGCUUGGCCAGCUUGAGCAUGAGCUAGGUACCACUCGGGAGGAGUUGCAGGAGGCACAGACACAUGCCACACAGGACCUCCAGCUACAAUUGGAAAAGGAGAAGGGAAGACUUGCAGGUUUGAUGCAGAGCAAUGCUACCCUAAAGCAGCAUGUAUCACAGCUGGAGUCUGCCCUGGCUGGGAGAGAGAGCGUGCUGCAAGAGAUGCAGACUGCCCUUCACGAGGCGGCACGGGAAAACGAACACUCUUUGCAUGAGAAUUUGAGGCGUGUGACGGAGCUGGAGGGCAGUCUGCAGCGGGAGAGGGACAGUCAUAGAGAUGUCAGAAAACAGAGUGGUCAGAAGAUAACAGAAAACAAAAAGCUAAGGCGCCAGAAUGAGAGCCUGAAAGGAGAUGUUGAGACGCUGCAGGGAGACAUGGUUCAACGCCAGCAAGAGGUUGGGCUGCUACAGGCACAGCUGGAGUCUAGCAGACAGGAAGUGCAGAGUCAGAGGGCCGAGAUGUCGGCAAUGGAGGGUGAGAGCCGGGCUGUGCAGCGGGAAUUGGAGCGUUUACAGCAGCUUCUUCGGGACAACCUGGCCAGAGAACCUGUUGUACAAGAACAGAUCAAGAGCCUGCAGUGGCAAUUAGAGGCGAGGAAUCGGGAGUUAACAGCAGCCCAUGAGCAGCUCAGCCUUUCUGAGGAACGCCAGGUCGCCGAGAUCAACAACGUCAGGCAGCUUCUCCAGGAGAAGAGUGGUGAGGUGGAUAGUCUUAAGACAGACAUCGCUGUGCUGAGACAGGAGAAACACAGCCAGCAGGUGAAACUGGCCGAGCUCCGCAGUGCACUCAAGUCCUCCAUACAUCACCACAAGUUGACAGAGAAGCUGUGUGGGUUGAAUACAGGGGCUGGGGACGCAGCCAGACUGGAGCUACCUCCCCUGCCCUUUGACAUGGGUGAUAUGGACCGACUCCUGCAGGAAACCACCGUCAGGGCCCUCGACAGCAAGCCGCUGGAUAACCUACAGAACUGCCUGUUGAACCUGCGUGCAGAGAUCUCUGGGCUGCAGUCCCAGAUGGAUGUCCACACCUCCACCGUGCAGUCCACAAACAACUCCUGGAGCUCUAUAGAGCAGCAGGUGAGUGAAUUGUGUACUGUGGUACAGACCAUCACCAACACCACCGCCCACACUGGCACUACCUACUCCCUAGCUGCUGCCGCUGUCCAGAUGGCUGAUGAUGUCAUCAACAUUUAGACCAUCACCGACAACAAAACCAACACAACCGCCCACACCAACAUCACCAACACCACCGCCCACACCAACAUCACCAACACCACCGCCCACACCAACAUCACCGCCCACACCAACAUCACCAACUCCCUAGC